AAUUUAUUUCAUAAGUAGUGGUCAUAUAGUUAUCCAAAACUAAACAUGACUUUCAAACUACUGGUGUGUUUUGCACUGUUGGCCAUACAGUGUGCGGUGGGACGGGAUGACGGACUGGUACUGACACCACCGAUGGGUUGGCUGUCGUGGACUCGCUAUGCGUGCGAAACCGACUGCAAGAGGUAUCCGAAGGGUUGUAUCAACGAAGACCUCUACAAGUCUCAGGCGGACAGACUGGCCGCCGAUGGUUACAAAGAAUUGGGUUAUGUUUACGUCAAUAUUGACGACUGUUGGAGUGAAAUGCAGAGGGACUCAAAGGACCGACUGGUGCCCCAUAAGGAGCGCUUCCCCAGUGGUAUGAAAGGGCUGGCAGAUUAUGUCCACUCAAAGGGCCUCAAAUUAGGUAUUUAUGGUGAUGUCGGGCCCAAGACCUGCGCCGGAUACCCUGCACAAAAUGGCAAGACAGAUAAGGGUGACUAUUUCGACAUCGACGCCAAGACAUUCGCGGAGUGGGGGAUCGACUCAUUCAAGUUUGACGGAUGUAAUGAAGACACCAAACGCUUCGACGACUUGUUCCCCAAAAUGGGUAAAGCCCUCAACGCCUCA